AUGGCUAGUCAGAGUAGCGACGAGCUGUGUACAGCCAAGCUGGGCCCAUCGGCUGAUGCAGAGCCAGCAAGGUGUGUCCCCUCUCGUGCGUCCCUGGAUCCAAAUGUGGACUCAAGGGAGAGUUCGGAGAAGCAGGGUGACCAAGCCGAGAGCCCAGAUCCUGGCUCCCAAGACAACCCGCCACCACAGGGCCCAAACAAUGGUGUGGCCAACAAGAGUAUUCUUGAGCUCUCCUUCCCAAGAAAGCUCUGGAGGAUGGUGGAGGAUUCCGCCUUCACCUCUGUGCGCUGGAAUGACAAGGGAGACAUGGUGAUCAUCGAGGCAGACCUCUUCCAGAGGGAGGUUCUUCACCGCAGAGGCACACACAGAAUUUUCAACACAGACAGCUUGAAGACUUUCAUCCGCCAACUGACCCUGUACGGAUUCAGCAAAAUAUGCCUGACCAGACGCUCUCCAGGGGAGAAGAGGCUGAUGAUCUAUCGCAACUCCAACUUUCAGAGAGGCAAGCCUCUGCUCAUCGAGAACAUUCAGAGAAAAGGCAACCUGGGAGCAACUGCUCAGCCCGGGACCAGUGCAACAGCCCCAAAGAGAAAGAAGCCAGAGACUGCUACCAGACGCUCCCCACAAAUCCAUUACAACGAUUCCACCACCCAGAAGAAAGCCCCAAGUGCUCAGAGGCCCAGUGGUACCCAGUCUUUCCUGUUUUCCGGCAUGCGCUCUACGAGCGGUGGAGUGGGACAGGCCAGGGAAAACCAUCCCCCCAGUGAGCAGGGCGGCCCAAGUGGGGAGGGCACUCCCUGGAAUGUCACUUCUGUGCCCCCGGCUACCGCCGGAAGGGACGGCGCCAGGAAACUGCCCACCAGCCCCAUGGUUUACCCAGCUUAUGGCUCGGAGAUGUCUCUGUACAACAGCUGUUUCUCCCUCCUGCUGGCGGCCCUUUUAGUCAUGUCCCCAAACAAGGUUCCUGAGGUGGGUGAGGAGCAGGAGGGCUCCUCAGAUUGCACGUGUGUUCUCAGCAAACCGUGCAAGGACAACUGCGAUCCCUGA